ACACUCACAUUUGGAAAUUCGCCAAAGUUGAUUCGAGUUCGUGCUUCGGCGGCAUAAUAAAUAUAUUUGCUCCUUUAUUUGACUCUGCGGCCAAUUGAUAAUUUAAGGUAACAUUGCAAUGGAGGCUGUCCUCGAUCAAAUCAUCUCAGAAUUGCUAUGCGCGGACAAUGCACGUAUUACCCAGGCCACCAAUGAGCUGAACAAGGCCCAUGAGAAUCCCGAGACACUUCCGGCACUAUGUCGGAUUGUAGUUUCCAAUCGCGAGACGCAAAUACGUCAAUUUGCUGCCGUCCUGCUAAAUAAGCGGCUCCAGAAGCUCCGACACUGGCAGAUGGUGCCAGCUGAGCAGAAGGAAAGCAUCAAGACGGGAAUGCUUCAAGCAUUAAUCACUGAAAAUGAGAAGUCAGUCAAGAACGCGAUUGCAAUGCUCAUUGGCUCAUUAGUACGUCAUGAGCAGGAAAAGAAGGAUUCAUGGAUGGCAGAUUUGUUAAACUUCAUAUACAGCCGGUGCAGUGCCGAAGAUCCCAAGGAGAGUGAGCUGGGCUCCUCGAUAUUCGCCACACUUACCGAUUCGGCACCCGAUCAGUUUGUCUGUCACAUGGACUCCAUUUGCCAGAUGUUUGCAAAUGUGCUCCUGGCCGCCGAGUCCAAGGGUACUUUGAUAUCACCAACAAUCGUGAAUAUCACUAUGGGCAUGUGUUCUCUGAUGCCGUUUGUGAGUGGGCACACAACUGCGGAGCAAACCGUGCUGGGGGUCCUACCUCUUAUCAUUAAGAUGACCUAUGCAUUUGCCCAAAACGGUGAUGAGGAUCAGUUCUCCGUUGUUUUCGACGUCGUUGACAGUAUUGCGGAGUAUGUGCCCAAAUUGUUGAACAAUAAUGUUAAGCCUCUAAUGGAAUUCUGCCUUGCAACGGCCGGCAAUAAGCAAAUUGAUGAAUCUAUACGCGUUCAGGUUGUUACCUUUAUUGGACGCAUUGUGCGUAUUAAGAAGAAGGUCCUGGUCAAACAAAAGCUGCUCGAGCCCAUUAUGGGCGUCAUCUUUGAGAUGAUGUGCUGCGAAACCGAAUUGGAUGAUGCUGACGAGAUCUUUCUGGGCGAGAACACCAAUAAUCCAGUGUCAGCUGCAACUCAAACUCUCGACUUGAUUGCUCUCAAUAUAGCACCCGAGAAGCUAAUACCACCAUUGCUGCAGUUGCUCGAGCCAGCAUUGCAAAGUGCUGAUCAUUUGCGCCGUCGUGCCGCAUUCCUCUGCAUCGCGGUAAUCGCUGAAGGCUGCUCGGAGGCAAUCUGCAGCAAAUACAUGCAAGUGAUGCUGAAUAUCAUUAAGGGUGGCAUUGUCGAUGCUUCGCCCAUGGUGCGCAUUGCUGCAUUCUUUGCUCUGGGCCAGUUUUCGGAGCAUUUACAGCCAGAUAUAUCCAAGUAUGCGUCAGAGAUUUUGCCUGUACUUUUCGAUUUUCUGCACCAGUUGGUUGUCGAGCUAAAGAUGGGAAAACCUGAACCCAAGCAUACGGAUCGCAUGUUCUAUGCUCUGGAGACGUACUGCCAAAAUUUGGAAGAGAAUAUUGUGCCCCAUUUGCCUUUGUUGAUGGAACGUCUUUUCGAAACAUUGGAACCUCAGAACUCGCCACAUCUACGUGUAAUGGCGCUAUCUACCAUAUCAGCAGCAGCUAUUGCCGCCAAGGAGCACUUGAUGCCAUAUUUCCCCAAAAUAGUUGAGAUAUUGCAGGUUUAUCUGGUUAAGGAUUGCGCUGAAGACAUGAUCGAACUGCGUAACGAGGCAAUUGAAACUUUGGCCUCUAUUACACGCGUCGUGGGCAAGGAUAACUUUAUACCUUUGGCAAAUGAUACUAUGGCUUAUUGCCUAAUGAUGCUGAGCGAAGGUCCUGAUGAUCCAGACUUUAGACGCUGCAUUUAUAACCUGAUGGGAGCCUUGUCUAUUGUAGUGAACGAGAGCAUGUCGACCGUGUUUCCAAAGAUCAUGGAUCGCAUUAUAGAAUCGGUAAUCUCUACGGAUGACAUACUGCCCAUCUCAAAGGCUUCUCCCACACCCGGAGACGCUGGCACUGAACAGGACAUUGACUUGGAUAAUACGGAUGGUGAGGAUGACGAUGAAGAUGAUGGUUACCAGGUGGAGAAUGACUUUGUUUAUGAAAAAGAGGAAGCUAUUAGUACACUUAAAGAAUUUGCGACCAAUACGGGUGCCGCAUUUGCUCCCUACCUGCAGACGUCUUUUGAAAACGUCUACAAGAUUGUUGAGCAUCCACACGAUAACAUUCGCAAGAUUGCCAUUGAAGCUCUCUGUGCCUUUGUGACUGCUCUCAACAAAUUGGGUGACGGCGAUGGCGUGAAACGUGCCAGUUCGAUUAUCCUGCCCAAGUUUGCGGAUAUCAUUCGAAACGAUGAUGAACAGACGGUGGUCAUUCAUUUGCUCGAUGUAGUUGGCCUCAUGUUCAACGAUGUAAGACAUAAGGCGGUUCCUUCUCAGGAAAUUGCCGACCUGAUCUUUGCGUGUAUCAAGGAUGUGCUAAACAACAAAAUAGCUUGUCAGUUUAAUGAACCCGGUGGUGCCGGCGAUGAGGAAGAUAUUGAGGACAGCGAGUUUGAUGAACUGCUUAUUGAAAAUGCCGGAAAUCUGUUGCCUCAGUUUGGCAAGGCACUGAACCCGGAAGUGUUCUCCAUGUACUUUGGACGCCUCUUCCAGUACUUCUUGAAUAAGCUGCAGAAAGGCAAGAAAAAUGAAUCGUCUGAGCAGCGCAUCUUUGCCUAUGGCGUGUUGGCCGAAUCUUUCCAGUCUCUGGGAAGCUGUGUACCCACAUAUUUUGAUACCCUAUGUCCUAUCUUUAUUGGCGGUGUAAGCGAUCCCGAGGCAAAGGCUCGUCAGAAUUGUUACUUCGGAUUGGGCGAGCUUGUAUUGCAUGGCGAGGAGAAAUCAUUUGAAUCCUUCGCUGUCAUUUUACAAGCUCUAUCCGGUGCCAUUGCCUCGGAGACAAAUCCUCCGGCUCUGGACAACAUUUGCGGAGCUGUGGCCCGCAUGAUUGUAAUUAAUCAUAAUUUGGUGCCUUUAGCCCAGGUGCUGCCCGUUUUUCUAUCAAAUUUGCCACUACGCGAAGACUUUGAUGAGAAUGAUAUGAUCCUUAAGGCAUUCGAAGUUGUAUACAUGCAGGCACGUCCUGUUGUUUUGGAUCACCUGGAACAGAUUCUGGCUGUCAUCAUACACUCAUUGCACAAGAAUCAAGUGCCCGAGCAAGAAAGCAAACUUCGAGCAAUUGCCUUCCUCAAGGAAAUAAGCACACAAUAUGCAGAUAAAUACAACAACGUAGCCAAUUCUAGUCCUGAAGUCUACAACUUUUUGCAAACCCUAUAAGAAUGCUCGGCAGCAGUUUAACCACAUUUCUAUACACAUUAAUACCCACACAUUAAUUAAAAUCAUCUAAAGCAGGCGCUAUAAUUUUUUACAAUUCCACUGGAGCAGCUUAAUUUAUUGAACGACUUUGGCGAAGCAAGCGAAGCUUGAAGAAUUCCAAUGUUUUAAUAGAAAACCACACAAUCGAAAUGGUUUCCUACUGAAAUUACAUUUUCUUAACUUGUUAUUACCCAAAAAUGGGCAUUGUACGAAUAGUGAAUAGUCUGAAAUAAAUAUACACGAAACAUGA